AUGAAAUCUCGGGAGCAGCUGGUGCAGCAGGUGCUGCAGGAGUUGCAAGAGGCAGUGGAGUCCGAGGGCCUGGAGGGUCUUGUGGGUGCUGCCCUCGAGGCCAAACAGGUCCUGUCUUCCUUCACCCUCCCCACCUGCCGGGAGGGGGGCCCCGGCCCCCAGGUGCUGGAGGUGGACCCUGUGGCCCUGAGCCUGUAUCCAGAGGAUGCUCCCCGGAACAUGCUGCCUCUGAUGUGCAAGGGCGAGGGCAGCUUGCUCUUUGAGGCGGUCAGCAUGCUGCUGUGGGGUGACGCAGGCCUCAGCCUGGAGCUGCGGGCCCGGACUGUGGUGGAGAUGCUGCUGCACAGACACUACUACCUCCAGGGCAUGAUUGACUCCAAGGUAAUGCUGCAGGCCGUGCGCUAUUCCCUGUGUUCCGAGGAGUCCCCUGAGAUGACCAGCCUGCCGUCUGCCACGCUGGAGGCCAUCUUCGACGCGGAUGUCAAAGCUACCUGCUUUCCUAGCAGCUUCUCCAAUGUGUGGCACUUGUACGCCCUCGCCUCUGUCCUUCAGCGCAAUAUUUACUCCAUCUACCCCAUGCGCAACCUCAAGAUCCGGCCCUACUUUAACCGUGUCAUCCGGCCCCGCCGCUGUGACCACACACCUGCCACACUGCACAUCAUGUGGGCUGGCCAGCCCCUCACCAGCCACCUCUUCCGCCACCAGUACUUUGCCCCUGUGGUGGGGCUGGAGGAGGUGGAGGCUGAAGGUACUACCGGCCCGGCCCUAGCUCCUUCAGCUCUGGCCCCACUGCCGCCACCGGCCAAGACCCUGGAGCUGCUCAACCGGGAGCCUGGCCUCAGCUACUCCCACCUCUGUGAGCGCUACAGUGUCACCAAGAGCACCUUCUACCGCUGGCGGCGGCAGUCCCAGGAGCACCGGCAGAAGGUGGCUACCCGCUUCUCGGCCAAGCACUUCCUGCAGGACAGCUUCCACCGUGGGGGCCUCGUGCCUCUGCAGCAGUUCCUCCAGAGGUUCCCUGAGAUCUCGCGCUCAACCUAUUACGCCUGGAAGCACGAGCUGCUGGGCUCUGGUGCUUGCCAGGCCCUUGCUCCCAAGGAGGCACUGGCGAUGGAGGAGCUGGAGAAGCUGCCAGAGGAGCAGGUUGUCGAGGGGCUCGGAUGCUCCUCACUGGCCGUGUCAAGCCCUGGAAUGGUCUUAAUGCAACGGGCCAAGUUGUACCUGGAGCACUGCAUCUCCCUGAAUACGCUGGUACCCUAUCGCUGCUUCAAACGCAGGUUCCCUGGCAUCUCCCGGUCCACCUACUACAAUUGGCGCCGAAAGGCCCUCCGAAGGAACCCCACCUUCAAGCCGCCACCAGCCCUCCCAGUGGCUGGGAGUCCCCAGCCUACGUCUAUUGGGGAGGAGGCCCUACUCCCUUGGAAGGGUGAGGUGGGAGAGGGGGCAGCGAAAGCAAUGGGUGAGGGGCCACCUGCCCCCCGGGAGUUCCUGCCCCUGAGGAUGCCCUUGUCCCGUUGGCAGAGGCGUCUGCGCAGGGCUGCCCGCAAGCAGGUGCUGAGUGGGCAUCUUCCUUUCUGUCGCUUUCGCCUCCGCUACCCUAGCCUGUCACCCUCUGCCUUUUGGGUUUGGAAGAGUCUUGCCCGGGGCUGGCCCAGAAGCCUGUCCAAACUUCAGGUGCAGGCCUCCACUUUGGGCAAAGCAGGGGUGCAGGAGGCAGGGGAGAAGCAGGAGAAAGAAGCUGGCAGGAACAUGACAGCUGCCAUGACCCCACCUGCAGGGACCCCAAAGGUGGGGGCUUCUCCAGGAGAGGAUCCAGGGAAGGCUGAGGGAGGGCCCUCCAGAGAGGGGGUCCUGCCAGGGGCGGCCACAGCCCAGGGCCAGCCCCACAGUGGAUCCCUGUCUAGCCGUCCUGCGGUGGCAGUGGCGGGUGGCCGGGACGGCCAAGUAUUGGUGAUGGACAUGCUCACCACCACGAAGUUCAAGGCCCAGGCCAAGCUGUUCUUGCAGAAGCGCUUCCAGUCCAAGAGCUUCCCCUCCUACAAGGAGUUCAGUGCCCUCUUCCCCUUCACUGCCCGCUCCACCUACUACAUGUGGAAGCGCGCCCUCUAUGAUGGCCUCACCCUGGUUGAUGGCUGA